AUGGCGCAAGCAGCAAUGCGGGGUGUCUUUGAGGGAAAGCGGGGCAUCAUCAGCCCUGUCAUCUUGUCUCUCGUUACACCCUCCUCCACCACCCUCACCCUGUCCGCCAUCCUCUUCUCACCCGUAAUUUACUCCCAUGUCUUUGCCUCAACUUCCCGCUCUGUCCAUGCCAGGCUCAAAGUUGAAGGUUAUUUUGUUAUCUCUGUGGGCCAGGAGGUAGAAAUAUUUUAUACAUGGCAUGAUGUUGCAUUGCAGAUUCUUGGGCAUCUCAGGCAAUAUUCAUAA